AUGGAGUUGGCCACUGGCCACUCCUAUCGCCUAGGGGACCCAGGGGGCCCCGAGAAUGGCAACAAAAAAGUGUCAAACUGUCGUGACGGGGAGUACACCGGCAGGAGACUGCCGGAUUUUAUGGACCCCACCGGUACCUCCGGCCCGCUCCAAAUCCUUCGCCUGUCGGGCGUUGGUAAACCGUUACCACCCAACCCAUUCCUGAUCCGCCGCUCGGUCGAGUCCUAUCUCGGCGGGCCUAUCGAUGGUGCAACGAAGGAGAACCGCGGAGCGUCUUACGCUUUGAAGGUUCGUAGCACAGCUCAGUUCAAUCGCCUACUGAAAAUGACUGUCUUGUGCGACGAGACCCCCGUCACAGUCACCGAACACCCAACACUCAAUGUGUCGAAGUGCGUCGUUUCCUGCAUCGAUGCGGUAGACCUGCCCGACGACUACCUUCUGUCGGAACUCCAGGAUCAGGGAGUAAGGGAAAUCUACCGAAUCAAGCGGCGAAACCCAGAAGGUAAGCUGAUAAACACACCCGCUAUUGUCCUUACCCUUUCCGGAACGCAAAUCCCCGAGUACAUCCACUUCGGAUGGUCUCGAUGUGCAACUCGGAACUAUUAUCCGAACCCGAUGCGCUGCUUCCGUUGCUGGGACUUCGGCCACACGGGCAAGAGGUGCCCCAGCGAGGAGCAAAUCUGUGGCAACUGCUCGAAGCACCACCCGACAAGCGCCGCCAUGGCUAUCGACGACGGUGAAGCAAGAAUCAACCGACCCCCGUGUACGGAACCGCAAUUCUGUAAAUUUUGCAGAAACAGUUCCCACCCCACUUCAAGUCGGAAAUGCCCGGUGUACCUGAAGGAGGUUGAGGUACAACGCGUAAAGGUUGACCAAGGCAUCUCGUACCCGCAAGCCCGCAGGGAGAUCGAACUGCGCUGCGCUUCCGGUCAAACGGGAUCAUUCGCCAAGGUCGUAAACUCCAGCAAGGACAAAGAAAUCGAGGAGCUCAGGGCAAAGAUCAACCAACUGCAGCUGGCCAACAAAGCGAAACAAGUCGGAGUCGGUAAUAGGUUGGAGACUGUACAGAACAGCGGUACCAUCGAGGACCUCGUUAGCAAGGUAGCUGCCCUCACCGGAGAAAUAACCAAGCUCCAGGAAUCGCUGGCUGUGAAGGACAGCAUCAUUGAAAAGCUGAAGGCUAUGGUCAAGCAACCAAGUGUGGAACCGAACAAGAACAAGGCCAAAAAGAACACCGACAAGAAAAACAAGGCGGACAAAGAGAAGAUUCAAAUCGUAGACGACCCGUACGACAUUUUCUCAGAAGACGACAGCAUGGACACGACACCGAAGCAAACGCCCAAGCGCGAACGAUCGUUAAGGAACACAGAGGACAGCAGCGAUUCCUCCCUGUGUGGUCCCAAGACGAAACGUGGUGCAGUACCCAAGAGUUCAAACCCAGCUCGACUCACACCUUCCUCUAUGUUCUCUUUCAAUUUGCAGGACCGUGAAAGAAGUGAUAAUUGUAGCCGAUCAAACAGUCCACUGGACGAGUCAAGCCGUGCGAAAGUAGCCGCGGCGCUACGAAGUCGUGAAAAAAUGUCGCCCCUAUCCCUGCCGACGGGUGGAUCCCCGGUAACCAACCAGGCGGCAGCUGCUGCAGCUGCCGCCGCUGCAGCCCAGGUGCAUCUAAAUGGAACUAUGCAAGAUAUGCUGAACCUACAGAAGCUGCAGAGUUUGGCGCAGCUGACCGGAGGAGCGGGAGUGUUACCAGGGCUAGGACUUCCGACGGCUGGUUUACCGUCGGCGCUACUUAAUAAUUCGCCACUCAAUCUAAGUCUAGGAGCGCAAAGCCAUUCUCCUGUGAUGGGGGCACUGGGGGCCGCCUCACAACCUCUGACAGCUGCAGCUGCCCAAAUGCCUCAAAUGAUUCUAGCGUCUGGACAGAUUGUCCAAGGAAUUCAAGGGGCCCAACUGCUCAUACCAACGUCACAAGGAAUCGCCACCCAAACCAUCCUGACAAUCCCCGUGGGCCAACAGGUGAUAUCAAGCAUGAGCAGCGAGAAUUUAUUGCAGUGUUUAAAUUUUAAUACCGUCGCAAGCAACAACUUCAACGAUAUGUUGAACCAAUCAAGCCACCACCAUCAUCAUCCGCAUCAUCCGAGCAAUGCGGCGUUUGCGGCAGCGGCUGCAGCGGCCGCCGCGGUGGCAACUCGCGAGUCCCCCGUCACAGUCAAUAGUGCAAUAAAUACCACCAGUCUACUUACGAAUCAACUGGCCUUGGCCGCAGCCGCCGCCGCUAAUAGCAAUCAUCACCAUCACCACCAGCAUCAGCACCAGCAACAGCAGCAACAACAACAGCAGCAUCAGCUCCAACAACAACAGCAACAGGCUGCACUUCAUCAAUCGCAGCAGACGAAACAUCUGCACCUUGGUCUCCCAGCGGGCCUACCUUCGUCGGCGUCAUCUUCUUCGACGUCAUCGGCCAUUCACGUGGCGGACAAGUUUAAAAAUUUAUCCACCCACGAAAAGACGCCAUCCGAGCGGUCCACCCCGGAGAUGCGCAUCAAGCUGGAGUCCCCAAAGGUGCCGUCGCCCAUUACUCUCACGCCCCAAUCGCGACCACCCAGCAACAGUUUUGCGUCGGUUUUCGAGAAAUCGCCACAGAUGAAAAGAACUUCCUCGCCCAGCAUAGCGGCAUGCAGCGGAAGUAACAGCAGCACCGGCAGCGGGGGCAGCAAUAGCAGCGUCAUAAGCGGGCUGAGCAGCGGCGGUAGCAUCGGUCACGGGCAGAUUCACGUGGCUAAGAAUUUGACCAGCCCGCACCAUUCGCCGUCGGACAAUGCGAUCAGUAGAAUCUCAACGUCAAACGGCGAAAUCACGGUGACCAAGUCACAAGCACCUCCCACCCCACCCCUAUCAGUACAAAAAAAUCAUCCCGCAUCGUUGCACUUCAAUCCAUCCAUCUCGCCCCAACCACUGAUUCAUCACGCGAGAGAUCUCCACCAACACCAGCAGCAUCAACAGCAGCAACACCAUCAGCUCUCAGUGCCAUCCAGUCACAACUCGACACAUUCGGCGCUGACAGUCAGCACCCAGUCCGCCCCGUCGUCAUUGUCGUCCUGUGCCCUCCUCGCCGGCGACAGCCACCACCACCUAGCGAAAGAGCAACAGGGUCUGCAGCUGAAACCGUCCGCGUCGUCCACCAGCACCAGCGCCGCCGUCACGCCCGGUGUAAUCUCCCUCACCCUGGACGACGUGGAGCAGAAGAUUUCCCCCCACUCGGUGGGCUCGUCGUCGUCCAAGCGGCAUCGAAGUCUAACGCCCCCACCGCGAAAGAUGAGUCCUGCGGGAUCGAUACAGCACUCGCACCGGGGCGACAACGAUGACGACGACGACGACGGCGAGGACGAGGACAACCAUUCCGCCAACCAUGAGCUGGAUGACUCUCCAAAUGAACUCACAAUCAACCAAACCAACUGCAACGUCGUCGACGGGAUCGACCUGGACGACAUCAAGGAGUUCGCGAAGGCCUUCAAACUGCGCCGGUUGUCACUGGGCCUCACGCAAACCCAAGUGGGCCAAGCGCUAUCCGUCACCGAGGGGCCGGCCUACAGCCAAAGUGCCAUCUGCAGCGCCCUUGCAGCUCAGAUGUACUGUGCAGCUCAACUCUCGUCCCAGCAGCAGCAAAUGUUUGAAAAACUUGACAUUACCCCCAAAAGCGCCCAGAAGAUCAAGCCCGUUCUGGAGCGCUGGAUGAAGGAGGCCGAGGAAAGCCACUCUUCAAGGUUUAAGUCAGGCCAGAACCAUUUGACCGACUUCAUUGGGGUGGAACCAUCGAAGAAGCGGAAAAGGCGAACCUCUUUUACGCCUCAGGCGUUGGAGUUGUUAAAUGGACAUUUCGAGCGGAAUACUCAUCCGUCUGGAACGGAAAUCACUGGUUUGGCGCACCAGCUGGGUUACGAGCGGGAGGUGAUUCGGAUCUGGUUCUGCAACAAGCGGCAAGCCCUGAAAAACACGUUGAAAAUUACUCAGUAAACAAAGUUUCGGACUCAAGAAAGGUGCCAAAAAAUCUUCAUCUACGUCAGCUGAACGUGCCAUAGUUUUAGUUGAAAUUAUAUAAGAAAUUUAUGGAACAGAAAUAUUUUCAAAGUUUCGUUUUGCCCAGAAAACAAAACAUGACUAAAUGAGAAUUUAACAUGACAUGUAUACCGGAAACAAACAGAAGAAUUAUUUCUAAUAUUGAAAUUACAAUAAAAAGGUCAGACUUUCAAAGGAAAUUUAUGUAUAGUGAGCUAUAGAAAGCGAUGAACACGAUAAGAAUUUUCAAAAAAUCCUAAGAAGUGAAAAUAAAUUGGCAGUACUCAAAAACAUUAACGAGAUUCUCAAUGGUCUCUCCAAUUGGCAACAGUCCCUGAUUCGAAAUUUUCCCUCUUCCUAAUCACCGAUGCUCCCUGUGUCAUGUGCCCGUAAACGUGUAUGUACCAUCACAAUUAGAAAAAUUUCUACGAAAAGGCAUCAAAUGAUAGCUUUUGUAACUGCACCAUAGUUUUGAUCGUCGGAAUUCAGCUCAUCGUGGUAGGAUCUCAGCCAACAAAAUCGGUUCAUAUCUCACACUGCGUCUGAAAUGUAAAUAGUCUACGAAUCGGAGAAAGAAAAAAUCAUCCUAACGCUGUUAUCACACAAAACCGGUGUAAAUUUGUCUAUCCUGUAACAAACCGGCCAGAGAUUACUUGAAAUAGAAUAUUUAAACGUCAAGAAUACGGAAAACACGCGCCUCAUAGAUUUAGUUGUUUAAGAUGAGUGUUUAGUAUCCCUGUACCGGAAAGAAAAAAAAAACAUAUUGGAUGUGAUAUGUAAAAUAUACAAUACUUGCAUACAUUUUGAACGGUGGUAUAACAGACAGAACAAUUACUUUUCAGAAACCAAAACAGAUCAAAGUAAACUCACUCACACAAGUCACAUUCAGUACUCACUCAAUUGCAUUUGCCAUAAGUCCAAGUAGCAAGAAAGGAAGCCGGUGAUUGAGUUGAAGCGACGAUGCACUAAUGGGGAAGGGUUUGGGGAAAUAGUUGUAUGGAGUAAACCUGUGGAUAUUAUGCUGUAUGGAAUUCGAUAAAUAAAA